CUCUUGUUUACUACUAGGAAGGAGAACAGAACUAAAAUUGACGGCGAGAUGAUGACUUCCGUUGCAGCAAUGGUUUUCAGGGGAUGCAGAUCGCUUCUAGCUCCUGCGUCCAAAGCUACCUCUUCUGUGCUUUAUUCCUCGAGAGGUGUAAGCAAUGCUGUCACAGCUGGAUCUACCAAGAAACCCGCGGCGAAAACGAAGACCAAGGCUAAGCCUAAGCCUAAGGCGAAAUCAGAUUCACUGGCGAAGAAGACACCAAGGUCUACCGGAAUUUUUAAGGUGACCCCUGUGUCUCCAGUUCUCGCCCAGUUCCUUGGUACCGGUGAAACUACGCGUACUGACGCCAUCAAAGAGAUUUGGACCUACAUCAAGUCCCACGAUCUUCAGAACCCAGCUGACAAGAGGGAGAUUUUCUGCGAUGAGACACUGAAGCUAAUCUUUGAAGGGAAAGACAAAGUUGGGUUUCUGGAGGUUUCAAAACUCUUGUCCCCGCACUUUGUGAAGACUGCUUAGAUUAUUACCUACUGAUUUGGUUUUUAGUAAGCCGUGUUGUUAAUGUUGUCAAUAUCGUUCAACUCUUUUCGUUCAUGUUCCUAAACAUUUGUUUGACUAAUGGUUGACUUGUGAAGAACUGCUUUGGCAUAAGCUUCUUAACUCUUUAGUGUUUGUGCGUGAA